CUAACAAACAGUGGAUUGUGUUUAAUUCUGAGUGCAACUAAUUAAAAGCUUGUUGAUUGAUACACCUGUUGUUGGAGAAUCACAAAUCUGUCUGCAGCAACCGCCUACAAGAUCUAUUGUUUGGAUACUACAAUAGCCUUGGCUGUUCCUGGCCAGCAUGGGAGGUGUAAAGACUGCGGGGCAGAAGGAAUAACCCCCCACUGACCAUGUCCCAGGAGUUUGGGUUAUCUUACGGCUGCAUUGAUGGAGAUUUUGGAACACUUUGGGAAACGAGCACCAUUCAUGUUGCUGAGCAGCAGAUUGUCAUCAUAUCCACGCCAGAUGUCCCUGCAGAGGGUGCUGGAGGUUCUGGACUCAGUGAGGCUGAGCUGAUGCUUUUUACAACACCACAAGGGCCCAGUACCACAACUGCUGGACAGAAACCAGCUCUAGGACGUCCACCGGUCAAGCGAAAAUUGGACUUGGAAGCAGGACACCGUUACAUUCCAGAGGCUUUGCAGAGUCCUCGUGGGAAGACCAGGAAUCCUAGUGGAAGAGCUGUGAAGUCUCCUGGAGAAAGGUCCCGUUACGAAACCUCUCUGAACCUCACCACAAAGAGAUUUCUGGAGCUGCUGAGCCAGUCUCCAGAUGGAGUGGUGGAUCUCAACUGGGCAGCUCAGGUGCUGAAUGUGCAAAAGAGGAGAAUAUAUGACAUCACCAAUGUAUUGGAGGGUAUCCACUUGAUCACCAAGAAAUCAAAGAACCAUAUCCAAUGGCUGGGUAGCAGGACUGUGGUGGAAUCGAGCAGUAGGUACCAAGCGCUGGUUAAUGAAUGCCAGGACCUUCUCAAUAAGGAACAGCGUUUAGAUGACCUACUUCACAUGUGCACCACUCAGCUGAAACUGCUCACUGAGGAAUCGGAGAGUCAAAAUUUGGGAUAUGUAACUUGUCAAGAUCUCCGUAGCAUUGCAGAUCCAUCUGAAAGAAUGCUAAUGGUUAUCAAGGCUCCUCCAGAAACACAGAUGCAGGUUUCUGAUCCAAUUGAAGCACUUCAGAUAUCCUUAAAAAGCACCCGUGGCCCUAUUGAUGUUUUUCUCUGUCCAGAUGACAGCUCUGGGGUCUGCAGUCCAGUCAAGUCAAGUCCCACAAAAGCUGCUAGCCAUGAGCAUUCUCCUCUUGCUCAUGCUAGUGAUGGGUCGCCUGACCUCCACACCACGCAUGACAUUGGCUUGGGACUACUCUCGUGUGAACAAGAGUCUCUCCUAUCUCCAGAAACUGACUUGCCCAUGGGAUACACUCCAGAGGGCCUUCACCUAUCCCCUGUGUCUAAUGCAACUCUCCUAACUGAAGCCAGGGAUGUCCUACCAGACCUUCUAAAUGAUGAAUUCAUCAGCUUGUCUCCUCCAAUGUCUCACGAGUACCACUUUGGCCUGGAGAACACAGAGGGUGUUAGUGAUCUAUUUGACUGUGACUUUGGCGAUCUAACAUCUUUCGACUUGUAAAGAGACGUGACUUAUUAAUGUGUUGGCUGAGGAGAUUCAGUACAAAAGAUGAUUCAAUCUUUGUGAUCUUUAAGACUCCCUGACUUUGUAUUUGACUAUUGCAUUCGAAAGACAGUUGCAAAGAAGGUGUUAAUAUUUUUUUAUUAAUCAAGCGUUUUUGUAUCAAAAUGAAAAGGCUCUUAACCCUGUGACCGCAAUCCAUAUCCUAAUGAAAGCACUUACGUGGAGCUAUAGAAAAUGUGCGAGCAAAGAGUUGGUGAAGAACAUCCUGGAGUAUGGGGGACAAAUGGCAUUCUAAAGCUUUACUUGUGGCCUAUGGAAGUUUUUUGUCUUUCACAUUGUGCCCUUAAAGUCGUCAGUUUUCAUAUUUCUGCUUUGAAAAGCAGAUGACUUAAAGUUCAUUAAAUGUAUACUGCUUUUCACUGCCAAAUCUAAAACUAUUUUUACUGUCAAAACCAUUUAAUUUGAAAUUGAUUGGUGUAUCGGCUUCAUUAAUACCAUGUGCCUUGCUCCUACUAUUUUUCUUUUAAUGGUACACUCAAGGCCAUAAUUGACUCCUUUUCUCCCCUAUGGUGAUAAUGCAAAAAAAAUGCAAAUUAUACAUUGGAAAAUAUUGAAGGUACAAGAUACUUGCUGCAGUGAUAUCUGCACAGAGAAAAAGAAAUGGGACCUUUUUUUUUUUUUCCCCUUCAUUUUUGUUCAAUACUGGUUACCCCAAUUGUUUUCAAAGGUAUCCCUGUAUAUAUUCUAUAAGCCCUGCAGUACGGGAUUAUGGGAGCUGUAGUACUGCCUUCAGCUUUCAGAUGAAUGUUGGUUGAUUCAGCACAUGGCAAAUGGUUGCAAAUUGUUUAAUGAAUGGAAAAUCUGAACAGAGCUACUUGUUUAAGAGUAGUUCUAUACAUUGUUUUCAUGCAUGAAACUGCUUGCAUCCUGCUCUGCCUGGAUGCUCUACAAAUCUCAAGCUCCACUAGAUCAGUAGAACCAUUACAUUUUAUGGAUAAUGUAUAGCUGUAUUUUUGUCUUGACAUUGUCUUUUGGGCAUUGGGGUUGACCGGAUGGCUGAGGUUAAACUGCAAGUGGUUACUAAAAUGGAUGGGGUGUUUUUUUUUUUUUUUGCAAAAUAUAACAUCAACAUGCAAAAAAUAUUUUCUUUCUCGCUCUCGCUCUCGCUCUUUCCCCUCCAUAAUGAUCAGUUAGAUGUAUUCCUUCAGUUUAACUGCCUGCUGUCACCUUAAAGGUUGAAGUACCAUAAACACUGUAAUGGCUAUGGUGCCAGGAGUCUCUGGUGCACCCCAAUUGCCUAACGUCUAGCAGAUGUGCCUGCCAGGCUUUGCACAGAACGGAGAGCUUCCAGCUGCAUUGGAGGCAGAGAGUGUUGCUCUGAGGACCCUAGACACGUCAAGCCGUUUUAAAAAGUUUUGCUACUUACGUGAGGUAAAGGUGUGCCAGGGCACUGCCUUGCACCAUAACCAUUAGAGGGCUGUAGUGGUAUGGUUCUUGGUGUCUUAUUUAAAGUGGCUUUGUCCACUACAAAUGUGCAGAUGACUGCCCAUUUCAGGUUUACUUAUCCAAAUUUCAGGCAAGUUCAACAUUUAAAUUUUUUUUGGUUUUUUUUGUGUGCUCUCAUAAUUCCAGUCAUGUAGAAGAGUGAUCAGAAUUCUGAGAACAUGCAGAUGCACGUCAAUUCACUGCUGUCUUCAUACUUGUUCAUAUCUUUUAUGCAGACAACAAGUAGAAUCUUUAAAAAGCUUAAAGCAAUAAACGAUCUAUAUAUAUUGGCUAGCAGUUUGUCUAGCACAAAUUGUAAAUGAAACUAAAGCACUGGGUGUCACUAUUUUCAUGUUUACGUGACUGGUGCACUCUUAAAUACUUUACUGCAGAAACAAUUUGCAGGAAAGCAACUGCCCUCCAUCCUUUUAGGUCAGGGGUAGGCAACCACUUACAUUCCAUUUUGACUGGUAGGGGUUGUAGUCCAUGGAAUCUGCAAUGGUUGCCUUUCCCUGCUUUAGGUCAUGAUUUGUAUGUAUAUUUAUACUAUAACAUACCUAGAAAUAUAGUAUUUAUAAAUGAGUAAAUAUUUGUCUGGUAUUCCCUGUGAUAUAGAAUGAAUCUCAUGUUCACUUUUGCAAAUGUAGGGCAGACCGGAUCAAUGUGUUAGCAAAUGAUUUAAGCUUAAUUUAUCUGGAUGUGUGGUUUGUAUGUGUAUUUGUUUUCAAUAAAGAUAUU